GUUUUCGAGACACAUUCAACUGAAUACCGUGAUAGCAAUCACCACCUCGCUACCUCAGUCACAAUGCAAGCUCCCAGCUCUGUCUCGCAAGUCUCAAUCAGGUCCAUAUCGACAAUUGCUUUCGUCGCGCUGGUAGCUUUGCUUCAAAUGCAGUCUACAGGAGCUGAGGCCACGCGCUCCCAGAGUCAUGGACUUGCUCUAGCUUCUCAAACAGGCGGUAGCAGCUCGAAGUCCAUGUCAGGAUCUACGACUAUUUCUGAGGAAGAAGUCGACUACGUUAUCCUCGCUGACGGCGACCAACGUACUUGCUACAAUGCGACAUUUGAGAUUAAGACCAUCGCGAGCUUCGAUCUAUCAGAGCGGUAUGCCAAACUUUGCGGAAGCGGUGAUCCCAAACUUAUGAUGCAUGCCACAGUACAGUGUCAAAUGUGGUGCAAGGGUGAACGUUCGCAGUACGAGGCGAAGUGGAGGGCUUACGUUCGCUCGGGCGCGCGGAGCGGGUAUUGUUUGCAGACUAAAGUUGUUCGCAUCCCGGAAUCUAGGCUUGUCGCAAGCGCGAAUGUCAAUGAAAAACUGUGUUUCAGGUCCUGUGCAUGUAAAAUGUACAACAAUGUUGGCAGCAUUAAAAUGCCCUGUGUUAAGCGGAACCACAAGAGAUACAUGUUUUCACCCACGCUUCCGAGAUCUCUGCUAGAGAAAGAAGGGUGGCUCAAUCUGUCGUGUCAUUACGAAGAGAUGUUUGACAAACUCGAAUGGACAUCACUUCGAGCCGCUCCUGGUCAAAUGAGUCAGUAUAGCUUGCCAUGGACCGUGACUCUAGACAAGAUUGAAGCUACGAACCUGGUUUGUGAGCUAAAACGGCCUCCAAACUGUUGGUGUCGCAAACAGAAAGACGGUCGCAAGCACUCUUACAAGUCAAGCAAAUGUGUUCCAGGCCAUGCAGAAUCUUUACCAACCAAUCUCUCGCGGGAUCCGACAGCUCCUCCUAGUCAGCAAUUAGGUCAAUGCAUGCCAUCAGAAAGCAGAACCAUUGGCGGCUCUUCAACCAACAGAUAUGCAUCAAGCUCAAGUCAAAGAGUGUCUCGCGGAGAUACCGCAUCUUCAAGCACCACCAACCCAGCUGAACAUCAACAAGACUCUACGGCUCCAGAAGCAGUGCAGCAAUUUACCAUUCAGUGGGAGGGAACAGUGCCGGAUGAGAACUGGUUACCAUCAUCUGGACGCACAGAUGACACCGAUAUGCCCACAGCAUAUUGCAAGGAGACCCUCGAGUUUGACCCUGCAGAGGCAGGUCCAUUUCUCGAAAAGCAAUGUGUCGAAGAAGAUGACGGCGAAUGGUCUGAUCAAGGCGUCUUAUUUAACUUCAUGUGACGCAGGUGAAGAUUUCAGAUCGUCGUCUGUACAAG